GCGAUGGGCACAGCCGGGGAGUUACUGUCGCGACGGCGCCACGCUGGCCGCGAGGUCCUUCAGGCCCGCGGAGUUUCCCACGCCGGUGACAGCAGUGUCGUCACCUGUGCUGCCUCGGAACUGCGUCCCACGGAACUAAGAUCCGGCAGCGUUUUUUCGUGGAUAAGUGCAUUCCAUUUCGAUUAAACGUGCGCGGACUGCCGCCAGUAGGUUCGCGUCAAGGAAGCACGUGCCACCACUGAUUUCGGAUCGUCGUGAUUGUCGUCCCUCCAUGGUCACUCUCGCCUCUUGCGACGGUCACCGGUUGGUGGAGUGUACUGCGAGUGUAUGGGACGCCAUGAGUUAGGCACGAUAUCGUCCCGUGGUGAAACGUGGUUUCGAUCGACUGGAUUCGUUGUGUAACAGCGACAUUUUUGCAGGUACUUGGAGCUUCUCGCAGGUGCGUGGAACGCCGCUAGCACCAAAGUAUUGCAUGUGCACAGAGUGGCCCAGUUGCCAGUGACUACUGGACCCAUCUGCAAGCCUCUGUCUCUCUAGAUCAGCCUUUGCGGUCUUCGAGCGUCGCCGCGUCUGUGUGUCGCGACUGGUCAAUGAUGGAAACUUUACAACCGCGCCACCAUCCGGCCUGGACGUCCUGCCCUAUUAGCUGUUUAAACUUCAUCGGAGUAUGGACGGUGUUGGUUUCCCUGCUCAGCAGGAGCGUGAACGGACAACACGGAUCACUUUCCCCGUCUCUGGGCUUCGAGGAGGAACCACCCGAGCGGUACCACUUUCUCAACACCCUGGGCGGAUCCUUGCGCUGCCGGGGUCACGGCUCGCCCUCACCCUCGCUCUGGUGGAUCCACGCGGACGACCUGAACGGCUCGCUAUCCUCGUCGUCGUGGACAGGCAGCGUCGGCGUCAUGCUGUCCACUCCCGCCGCGUUGUCCGAAGUGCCCGGCUUGCGCCACACGAGCGCCGACGGAUCGACGCUCCUGUUCCCGGCGUUCGGGGCCUCCGAGUACCGCGCCCACGUCCACUCCACGUCGUACCGCUGCGUCCUCAGCAACGCACUCGGAAAGAUGGCCAGCCGCGCCGUAAGGGUGCGAGCAGUUAUCCAGCAAGAGUACGAAGUGAACGUGCACGAUGGCUUUGCUACAAGGGGGAGCACUGCCGUGCUGACCUGCCAGAUACAGCCGGCAGCGGCCAAGGACUACACGAGUGUGCUUUCAUGGCUCAGAGACGACAAGUACCUCAUCACGGCCGAAAGCCAGACACAAGGGAAGUACGCACUGUACCCAAGCGGUGAACUUUACAUCCACGAUGUGGAUGAACGCGAUGCCGAGCGUUCCUACCGGUGCCAAGUGCUGGAUCACACCACGAACGCAACGAAAGCCAACACGAGGCCUGCCAGGAUCAUAUUGCAAGGGCCCCGGAAGUCUGAGUCUCCCCGCGUCAUAUCGUGGACGAAGGAGGUCACAGUUGAAGAAGGACAAGCCGCAACACUCAGUUGUGCGGCACGUGGUGUUCCACUGCCGGCUUACCACUGGUUUAGGCAGUCCGGUGCGGACAUGCGGCCUUUGCUGGCCACUUCGACACGCGGUUCCCAGUCGUCCACGUCAGCUGCGGGACAUCAGCAGGGACCUGCAUCCUCGUCCCGAGGCACGCUGGCACUCGGACCUGCGCACGCUCAAGACGCGGGUCGCUACGUGUGCCUCGUAAACAACACCUACGGCGAGGACAGGGUUUACGUCACGGUUAACGUCAGGGGUGCACCUCUCGUAAGCGUGCAGCCCCGAUUUCAGCGAGUGCCCCUGGGCGCGUCUGUGACGCUGACGUGCAACGCCACGGGAGGCGGGGCUGGCGUGCUCGCCCGGGAGCUUCGCUGGUACCGCAACCUCAUUCCCGUCCAGCCUUCGGCUGCUGACAGGGUUCGCUUGUUGGGCUCUUCGGUGCUGCAGCUGGGAUCCGUCAAGGACGGCCAGGAAGGCAUCUACCAGUGCCUGCUCGACAGCACGAGGGAGUCGGCGCAGUCAUCCGCAUUCGUCCUGCUCAUGGUUACCAAGCCCGAGCUGACAGUGACCUUCACCGAGCAGAACACGUACCCGGGCAGCUUCGUGUCACUCAAGUGCGCCGCGCGUGGACACCCGAUGCCUCGCGUGACGUGGACUUUGGACGGCGGGCCCGUGCCGUCCUCGCGGCGCGUGCUGCGAGGAGAUUUCGUCACCGAGGACCACGUGGUGCACAGCUUCGUCAACCUGACGUCGGCCAACGUGACGCACGGCGGGGAGUACGCCUGCCAGGCCGAGAACGAGGCCGGCCGCAUCGCCCACGCGGCCUGGCUGAACGUGCUCGGGCCGCCGACACCGCUCCCGCCGCGCAACCUCACCGUGCUGUCGGGCGAGACGCUGAGCCUUGCGUGCCCCGUGAAGGGACACCCGUUCGCCUCCUUCACUUGGUACAAGGGCGCCCACGCGAAUCGAACCCUGGUCGACGGCCAGCGGUACCGGAUGAACACCCAUGGGCGUUUAACGAUCCACGACGUGGACCGAAAGACUGACGACGGCGUCGUGGUUUGCUCGGCCACUAGCCCCGAUGGCCGGACAGCAGAGGCCCAAGUGAACCUCCACGUUGCUGUGCCCCCUACCAUCGCCCCGUUCUCGUUCCCUGCCUCGGUGCGUGAGGGGGAGCGUGCGAGUGCCCACUGCUUCGUGUCUUCGGGCGACCGACCGGUGUCACUAUGGUGGCUCAAGGACGGACACCCCCUGCAGCCAGGCCUGCUGGACGUCAAGCCACAGCUUAUGAACGAGUUUCUCUCGGUUCUCUACUUCGAGAGCAUCGCCGAAGAACACAACGGCUCCUACACCUGCGUCGCUAGCAACCCUUACGCUCGCACAAACGCCUCCGCUCAGCUAGUCGUGCAGGUGGCCCCAAAGUGGGUUUAUACACCAUCCAGCACUAACGCCCUCAAGGGAAGCACCAUGCGAUUCGACUGCCAGGCUGACGGCUUCCCGACGCCAGUGAUCCGGUGGAAGAUGUCAACAGGAGGCGUCUCCAGUGGUUUUGUGACCAUACGGAGCAACGCCAAGCUGCAAGUGCUGGAAAACGGCUCCCUUGUCCUGCAACACGUGGACGCUUCUGACGCAGGCGUCUACCUCUGCCAAGCCACCAAUGGCGUUGGGCCAGAGCUCACGCACGAGGCCAAGCUAACAGUUUCCGUCCCCGCCACCUUUAUCACCAGCUCAAUGUCGGUGACAUCCCGUAAGGGAGACAAAGUGCACCUGCAGUGCGACUCCAUUGGUGACCCUCCACUCGCCAUCACGUGGUACCGUGACAACGUGCUCCUUGACAUGGACAGACACCCGAGGUACACAGUCAACGAUCACGAGCGGGAGGAUGGCAUGGCGUCUCAGCUACUGCUCCGCGACGUCAGGACAAACGACACUGGAACUUACGCCUGUAAAGUUGCCAACAGUCAUGGCAAGGACGAAAUGUUCAUCAAGCUCACCGUACAAGAGGCGCCCUCUCCACCGACCAACGUCCACGUAAGCCAUCUAGCCAGUCGGUCUGCUUCCAUACGUUGGAGCGUACCUUUUGACGGAAAUUCGCCCAUCACGCAGUAUGACCUCAAGAUACAUUCUUCAAGAGACGGCACUUCACGUGUGAUACCUAUUCCUGGAACCCAGCUGGAAAUGACACUGGACACCCUGAGCCCAAACUCCGCGUACAGAGUCGAAGUGGUCGCUGUCAACGGUAUUGGUACGGGCACUCCCAGCGAGCCUCUCUUCUUUACCACCGACACCGAAGCACCAUCCACGAAGCCGAUUGAUCUGAAAGUCAUUCCACUCAACGCUUCUAGCCUUCGCGUAACUUGGAAGAUGCAGCAAGGUGACAGCAAAAUCACUGGCUACUAUGUUGGAUACAAGGCAGAAGCCGAUGGACGAGCGGAAUCAUUUGUCUACAAGACGGUUGAGUCUCGUCCAGGGAAGAGCCAAGAGUGCGACAUAAAAGAUCUGCGUCCUGGUACUAAGUACACGGUAGUCGUUCAGGCCUACAAUGGGAAGGGACCGGGACCUACGUCGGAGGAGACUGUCGGAGAGACUCAAACAUCUGAUAUGGCUUCGCUUUUUCGUGUGACCGUCAACUACACGUCGUCAACGGAAAUACGUAUAAUUUGGCACGACAUCAUCGGGUCACGGCACGGUUACAAGCUCUUCCUUCGACCAAACGCCAGUGACUGGGAAGCAUACAAGGUACCAGGAACCACGAAUGGGUACACAUUCAACAACCUGCGCUGCGGGACGCGCUACGAAAUCUACGUCGAAGCAGUCGGCGACAGCAGGCCUAGAAUGACGUCCAUUAUCACUGCCAGUACUAAAGGCUCCGUGCCAGUGGCGCCGGCGCACCAGCAGCCGCUGCUGGUGGACAGCGAGAACGUGCCGCUCGACCUUGAGGCUUUCGGAGACGGUGGUUGCCCCAUCGGUCACUACGUGGUCAAGUACCGGGCGCUGGACGACGCCGAGUGGACGGUCGUGUCCAAGGAGGGCAGCAAGGGACACGUGGUGGCACUGAACAACCUGGAGAGAGGACGUCGCUACAAGCUGCUCCUCGGGGCAGCCAACUCGGCUGGAUACACGGAGCGGCUGUACGAUAUGCACGUGGCGCCCUCUGCGAGCAAAGGCGUAUCGGAGACUUCUACGAGUGCGGCAUCUCAGCAAGAGAUGCACCGCAAGCUGGCUGUGGUGACUUCAAUUGUGUGCUCCGUGGUGGUGCUCAUUGUCAUCAUUGUGGCCGCUUGCGUGGAGCUGGGGCGCAGGAGAAGAAGAGAGCGUGCUGAAGCUGCCGCCUCAGAAAUAUACGCCGAACCACGUCUGAAACCCGCUUCCAAGUGCGAGGAGGUUGCGCUGGCCACUUGGGACAAACAGAAGGAGCCGCUGCCGACACCAGCUCGCAACGGCGAACUCCCGCAUCAGCAGCAGCAGCAACAACAGUUGCAGCAACAGCAGCUGUACGCACCCUGCCCGUACGGCACCUCAUCGGCCCGAAUGCGGCCGCACGUCGCCGAGGGCACUCUAGGAAGGCGCCAGCACACUAGGGCUGAGAUCGUCGAGGAAUUCUACGAUAUGCCUCUGCCGCCGUACGCCGUCCACCGACACUUCAUCCGGCUGGAGUCUUUACCGGUUCAUUGUCUCGACAAAGAGUCUCGCCUGUAACUAAAAACAACACACUGCUCAAAAAGGGAUUUCGGUGCUAAUAGUAAUUAAUUUGGCACGGUAGUACUGAGUCACGUGCAUCUGCGUGAAACGUGUGGGACCGAGGACCAUUCUGUGAAUCCAUCACUUCGAGGAUAUUGAAACCGAGGAUUUUCUUCGAGGCGCUCGAAGCCGCCCACCGGCGUAGAGCCGGGAAAACCAAAAAUACGUGCUUUUGUGUAUGUGAAAAGUGUGUCUGUGUGUGCCAGAACAACUACGGCGUCUUUGACUUGCGUGCUGAAGCAAAACUGAAGGAGAUACGAAGAGGAAGAAGUGCGUCGGUCGUUUCGCGCCUGAGACGCGCGACAGUGAUCAAGCGAGACUCAAGACGUGGACAACGUUCCGCAGUGAACGCAGCUUGGCUGCCGCCGUGUGUGCUCAUAGUAUAGUCUGCAUUUUCAACGUGCGGGUCGGCCGUAUAGGUUCAAACAAGAACGCUCCCCAACCCUUCAUUGCGCGUAGACUCGAUUGUGAUAUGACGAACGCUAUCUGUGGUGCAGCGUAGUGUAGGUUGCCGGUUGGAAGCGGCCUUAAUUACUUUGGUCGCCCGACACCUGACUUUGACAGUCACGAAGCGUGACUGGAACAUUUCUUGGACUCAACAUUUCGACUGUGGUUCACGCGUAAAAGAUGCUGUUCGUAGAUGUCCACUAUAAUCGAUCGCUUUAAAGUAUGUUGUUCCAGGCGCGUUGUUGCAGGCGGCACAUAAAGAAACUAUAACAGAGACUGAAUUUAUUAACCGUCAACGUCAUUAACCUCCUUGUUUAGUGUUGAUUGUUUGUUAUAAAGCACUCUGAAGAGAAAAAGCUCUAAAAGUCCACGUGUUCAUGCGCUACUUGCUUGAAGCAAGCGCUCUCUCGUCGAACUAAAACAAAACCACCGAGAUAUUGUCUCUUGUUUUAAAUGUCACAGGCCCGUACUGUAUUGUUAAUUUGCGUCAUCAAAUCGUUGCUGGCAACGAGCUUACUUUUGUUCAGCGCAUCUUGAUCACGGUGCUUUGCCUACUUAUAGCAGCCAUAUAAAAUUAGUGCUCGCCGCAGUGAAACAAUAACUAUAGUGAUCAUGCCGUCUUGUUCGCUUGGUCAGAUUGAUUUGAGUUGUGUUAACCACGUCUGGCCAAUUCCGCUUAUCUGAAGAGGCAUACUUGUGAUUACGACGUGGCCCAUUCGUGGAUACGCUACCUGUGCUGACGCCCUUGUUACGUGCUGUCCUGAGAAGCCGUCGCUUGAUCGAUGGAUCUGUUAUGACGCAAGGACAGUCGCAGUAUUCUACACAGUGUAAAACGGAAGCAUGCGUUAUCACAAAGGCACUCAAACGCCCGUUGUAGUGCUUUCAUUACGUAAGAAUCCAGAAAAACAAAGGGCUGCGCGUUAGGUAGUGCAUUCGCAUAAAAUCUGAAAACAUUUUAGCUCAAAGGUGAAAAAGUACGACGUUAACGCUGCACACAAUUACAGGCGUGUAAUGGAAGCAUGCCUCUCGCGUUUCUUUUCAAUUCUAGUUACAGGCAGCAAACCUGCGUGACGCAUUUUGGCAUGUGUUAAACUCUGUGUGACGUCUUGUACAGCAAGUUAGCUGUAGCUGUUUGCAAUAACUUAGGAAUUUUUUUCUUGACAUUGCCCCAUCUCGCCAUUUGAUAUUAUUAUUUUUUAAAUACGAGGGUUAAUGCCUCAGGUCAUGCAGGUGUAUGGGACGUGGGCAAAUAAGGAUGUUUAAAUGAAUACAAAGAUUUACGGAUCUAAUGAAGUCUAAGAGGGAUCGAUAAUGUGGUCCCUGCGUCCAUGCAGAGUAAUGGCUAGAUUGCGCGGCGAAAGUCCCGCUGCUGCGAGGUGCCGGAGCCACGUUGGUUUCAACGCAGGGCAAACCCACAGCAAGUGCGUUUGCCCUGCGUUGAAACCGACGAGGCUCCGGCACCUCGCUGCAGCGGGACUUUUGUCCGCAUUACAUAUUAUGAGUCUGAACGUAAACAGCUAGUAAUGCCGUACUGCGUACCAAAGGCCUCCAGCCAUUAAACGACCCCAAGUGCAUGCUAACAGGCUAAUUCUACGAGCAUGCCAUCAUGGCGACAAUGAUGAUCAUUUGCGAAGAGCUUUUAUUGCCGCGUUUCGCCCCCAAAGCAGCCAAACUCCGUCACCUAGUGAAAAACCCAAAUCCGUUACCUUCUGCACGUCGUCAUGACAAGAAUAGCAUGAAACGCAAAUAGUUCUAUCGAUUCAACCAUUUCAAACUGCGACGAUAUAAGGAUUGCCUUAAAAAAGAGCUUCAUCUAGUUGAGCCAUGUAAACUCCGAAAAAAAAAUACGUUAAAGCUACAAGUAUCAAAAGACAGUUUGAGAACAUCGUUACGCGGUCAAACAAAGGUCUUACGCAUGUAAAAAAUAGUAUUCUUUCUCGGCAUGCUCUGUGCGUUAUCACGUUGUUGUGGCUAAUGUACGCUGUGUUAGACAACGCUAUUUCGCGAGAAUAACAUGGUGAAGUACGUUUGGCAAAUACCGCUGUCAAACGUGGCGGCGCCGUCGAUCACACUUCUGUGUGGAUGUCGGGAUGACUGCGCUAUCGCUAUUGUUCAUCGCCAAUAAAUGGUGAUUUAAGGUUA